UCUCGAAGCAUAAUUUGGGUAAACGGGGCUCCCACGCCGCACAGCUACGUGGUGUCGCUGGCAGCGGUCAGUCCUGGGUAUCAUCUGGAGAGUGACACUACUCUUGGACCUUUGGGAAUCAUGACGGUAAUGACGGCUCCAUCUCUUAAGAAGCCCAACGCCAGUGAACCCCCAGACCACGAAGGAAAUGUUGCAAAUAAUGCAGUCAAGACGAGUGUCGUUGCCUGGGUCUUGCUCCUCACCUACUGUUUGCUCUUGUUCGUGGCAGUGUUCGGACUGUGGUUGGUAGCAAUAAAUUUCGGGUCACCAGUGGAACCGUCACCAAAACCACCAGUGACCUCCCCGCCCUCAAACACCACGCCCAGCACCUAUGACAACCCCUACUUAAACUAUGGGCACAAACACGAUUCCUCCGCCCUGAGGAAGAUGCAAUCGCUUGAAUACAAGACCUUCGUCAGCACCUCCUACCGCUACGCCAACUAUGGUUUGAACCCCAAACUAUACGUGGUCUUGCCCUGCGGUGCUUGCGUCAUAGCUUCGGGAAUAAUCAUCCUGGGUGGCCUCUUCUCCAGGAGGGUCUUUGCUACCACUGCUAGCCUGCACACGUCGUCAGUGCUGUGGCUGCUGACGCUGGUGACAACGCUAGUGUACAAUGCCAACGCCAACAAAAUUAACAAUGAGAGAGACUUCUUCCUGGUGGCGUCUGCCUGGGUGAUUGGGGUACACGCAGCCCUGCUGGUGCUCCUCAGCCUUCAGGUUGUGGUGUCGAUGUGGGAGCUGCGGCGCCAGAAGACUGGCUGGCCAAGCCUGCAGCUGCAUCAGCUUUUUACUCAGGGUGCCUUACUGCUCCUAGCCAGGACGACUCUGGUAGUGUACCUGACCAUAAACUUCUACAAGUCGUGGAUGUUAUUUGGGGUACCAGACUACAAAACCAACCUGGGCUACUGGUCCUCCUCCGUCGUCCGUUACCCUGAGGCCUACGUCCUCCCUUGUGCUACCGCCUGCGCCUACGGGGCUUCCGUUGUCAUCCAAGAUAUUUUUUCUCACCUUAUGGGACCGUUAAACAACCCUCUGAGAGCGUGUACGGCUAUGAUAUGUGCGUUACUGUACAUCGGCCUGGCAGUGGUUUCCUCUCCUCUCUUCGUUAAGGUAGUCAUCGGCUCUUACUAUGUCACCCCAACGCUCAUGAUCUUGGCCAUCCUGACCAGUAUUUUGACCUUCUUGCAAGCCAUUUUGUGCCUCACUGUUCCGGAUAUACUGAGGGAGACGCCGGAGGCGUUCAGUGUUUUGGCAAGAAAUAUAUCCGGGGAGAUGAGUGAAAGGCGACCCAAACAAACGCUCUCCACACUGGCUACUGUGGAGGACGCUGCCUCGGGCACCUCGACCAAGAAACUUCUUGGUAAAAACCUGUCGGAACACUUCUUUUUACUGGUGCCGGCAAGUGUGGCGGUCCUGCUGACUGCGAGUGGCGAGUGGAACAGUAUUAGGAACUCGUGGGGUUCUGUGGUAAUGCUGUGUGGCGACGCUGUGGUCCUGGGCCAGAUCCUGCCAGCCCUGGUGGUGGAGAUGCUCACCUCAGCACAUCAUAAGGCCUCGCUCUGCCUGCAGGCAUGUUACCUGAUUGUGGAGUGCACACUGCUGUUUAUUGGGACUGCGGCCACCUUGUGCGUCGACCGUUCCGUGCUUCCCACAGCUGCAGCUGUCGUCAACUUCUCUCUGGGCUGUUACUUGCUGAACAAAAUGUCGGAAUUUAAGAUGAAACCGCCCAUUACUAAAAGUACCAGUACCACCGCCACUAUCAGCACCAGCACCACUACAGACACCACCACCAGUAAAGCAACGACGAAAGGCAAGAGGUACUUCAGAGGACGUGAUGACGAGGAGCCGCUAACAGAGGCUGGACCGGCAGAUGCGCACCAACACGACCAGGAUGGCCACGCUCCCGUAGUGUCCUGAACUGCAGCCUUUAGGAUCGCUGUACCUUCUGGCGAUGUGGGCUGGAGGCAGUGAUGCCUUACUCUAAUUUAUAGAUCAAGCUUGUUGUACACUCAGAUUGUUGUAUGGGUUUCUGAAUUGCCGUUUAAUGUUCAGUAUCUUGAGCAUAACAAAUAUUUGCAUACCGUUAGGUUUAUAAACCAAAUUUAAAGGUUUGCGUAAUUUGUUACUGAUGUGGUGUUGCCACUUGUUAUAAAUACUGGACGUCACAACCAUUUGAGAUUCCUUAAAGAAGCUGGCGUACUUGAUAUUAAAAGAUUCAGUUUGUUUUCUAAUAAAAUUAUGUACUAUUCUGA